ACAGUUCGUUGUUUUGGUAUUACCAAAGAUCCAAAAACAAAUAAUUUUAUAAUGGUGAUGGAUUUAAAAAAGGGUAGCUUAAGACAACAUUUAAAUAACAACUUCAUUUCAAUGAAUUGGAGGGAAAAGUUGCUUAAUUUAUAUUAUAUUGCAUUUGGUCUUGAAGUUAUUCAUAAUAAAGGAUUAAUUCAUAAUGAUUUUCAUUGUGGAAAUAUGUUAAGCGAUUUUAAUGAAAAAGCUUAUAUUACUGACUUGGGAUUAUGCCAACCAGCAAAUGUCAAAUCCUCUCAAAAUACUCAAAAUAGUAAUAAAAAAAUAUAUGGAGUAUUACCUUAUGUAGCUCCAGAAGUUUUAAGAGGAAAAGAAUAUACUCAACAAAGUGAUAUUUAUGGAUUUGGAAUUAUUGCAUAUGAAAUUUGUACAGGUUUCCCUCCUUAUUAUGAUAUAGCUCAUGAUGAAUACUUAGCAAUGAAAAUUUGUAAUGGGUUGAGGCCAAAGUCUAAUUAUAAAAUUCCUCAAUUAAUUUUUGACAUUAUUAAUCAAUGUUGGGAUGCAGACCCUUUAAAACGACCUAAUGCAAAUGAAUUACAGGUUUUAUUAUUGAAAUUAUAUUUUGGUAUUGAGAGCAAUAAAGUGGAUUCUGUAAUUUAUGGGCAAGUUAAAGAGGCAGAUGAAAUUAAUAAAAAGUCAUCUAUUCCAAUUCAAUUGCCAUUAUCAUCUACAAGUACACUCUCAUAUUUGACACAUCCUCAAGCAGUUUAUACAAGUAGAAUUUUAGAUUUUAAAAAUCUUCCAGAACCAAAAAAUGCUGAUAGUAAUGAUGAUUUAAUUGGAAUAGAAUAUUCAGAAUCAAUAAAAGUUGAUUUUACUAAACUCAAUAUCAAUUCCGAAGAUUGUAAUUAAAUUCUUUGUUUACAUAGUAGUUAAUAAAAUAUUAAAAUAAUGUAAAAGCAAAAUUUUGUUUAUUAUCAAAUUUAACCUUAUAUUGUAUUUUAUACUUA